GGUGAGGCACGCGGGGACUUGUGGGAAAGCGCAGGAAGGCGGGGUCUUGCCCGCGUCGCUGUGGGCUGGACGGGCUGGAGGUGUGGGCCUUAACGGGGUGGAGAGGCCAUAAUGACGUCAACUAAUAAAGCAAUUGAAUUACAACUGCAAGUGAAACAAAAUGCAGAAGAAUUGCAAGACUUUAUGAGGGAUUUAGAAAACUGGGAAGAAGAUAUUAAACAAAAGGAUAUGGAGCUAAGAAGACAGAAUGGUGUCCCUGAAGAGAAUUUACCUCCUAUCCGAAAUAAGAAUUUUAGGAAAAAGAAGAAAGGUAAAGCGAAAGAGUCAUCUAAAAAAACCAAAGAUGAAAACACAAAAAACAGGAUAAAGUCUUAUGAUUAUGAGGCGUGGGCAAAACUUGAUGUGGAAAGUAUUCUUGAUGAACUUGACAAAGAAGAGACUACCCAUGAUUCUCUGUCUCAAGAAUCAGAGUCAGAAGAAGAUGGAAUUCAUGUAGAUUCACAAAAGGCCCUUGCUCUAAAAGAAAAGGGCAAUAAGUACUUCAAACAAGGAAAAUAUGAUGAAGCAAUUGAGUGCUACACCAAAGGCAUGGAUGCCGAUCCAUAUAACCCUGUGUUGCCAACAAACAGAGCAUCAGCAUACUUUAGAAUGAAAAAGUUUGCUGUUGCUGAGUCUGAUUGUAAUUUAGCAGUUGCCUUGAAUAGAAGUUAUACAAAGGCUUAUGCAAGACGAGGUGCUGCUCGAUUUGCUUUGCAAAAAUUAGAGGAUGCCAAAAAAGAUUAUGAAAAAGUGUUAGAACUGGAACCAAAUAACUUUGAAGCAACAAAUGAACUCAGGAAAAUUAAUCAGGCUUUAACAUCCAAAGAAGACUCACACCCAAAGGAAGCCGGCACGGUGAUUAAGUCAACUGAAGGAGAGAAGAAGCAAGUUGAAGAGCAGCAGAAUAAGCAGCAGGCCAUUUCAGAGAAAGAUCUGGGGAAUGGAUUUUUCAAAGAGGGAAAAUAUGAAAGAGCAAUUGAAUGCUAUACUCGAGGAAUAGCAGCAGAUGGCACUAAUGCUCUUCUUCCAGCUAACAGAGCAAUGGCCUAUCUGAAGAUUCAGAAAUAUGAAGAGGCUGAAAAUGACUGCACACAAGCUAUUUUAUUAGAUGGCUCAUAUUCUAAAGCUUUUGCCAGAAGAGGAACUGCAAGAACAUUUUUGGGAAAGUUAAAUGAGGCCAAACAAGAUUUUGAAACUGUUUUACUUCUGGAACCUGGAAAUAAGCAAGCAGUAACUGAACUUUCCAAAAUUAAAAAGGAAUUAAUUGAGAAAGGACACUGGGAUGAUGUCUUUCUCGAUUCUACUCAGAGGCAAAAUGUGGUAAAACCCAUUGAUAAUCCACCUCGUCUCGGAUCAACUAAACCACUAAAGAAGGUUAUUAUUGAAGAAACUGGUCAUUUGGUACAGACUGUUGAUGUGCCAGAUAGCACUACUGCUGCUGCUCCAGAGAGGAAUCCUGUUAAUCUAGCAAACGUAACAGCAACCACAAGCACUGCAAGUAAGAAGAGUUCAAGCCAAGAUGACCUGUUGCCCACAAGUGAUAUUCCAAAAGCAAAAGUAUUAAAAACAGAAGAAAUCAGUGAUACUUCAGCCCAGCAACCUCAAGUUAAUUUGAAACAGGAUGUAUGUCAGUCUUUCAGUGAGAAGAUUUCUAUAGAGGUAGACAAAAUGCCUGCUCAGUUUAUCACAACUGUUCUUCCUCCAGUUCCUGCAAACUCCUUUCAGCUUGAAUCUGAUUUUAGACAACUGAAAAGUUCUCCAGAUAUGUUAUAUCAGUAUUUGAAGAAAAUUGAACCAUCCUUGUAUCCUAAGUUGUUUCAGAAAAAUCUAGAUCCAGAUGUAUUCAACCAAAUCAUUAAAAUUCUACAUGACUUUUACAUUGAGAAAGAAAAGCCAUCACUCGUCUUGGAAAUUUUACAAAGGCUUUCUGAACUGAAAAGGUUUGACAUGGCAGUGAUGUUUAUGUCAGAACCUGAGAAAAGAAUUGUACGUGUAUUAUUCAAUCACAUAGAGAAAUCAGGAUUGAAGGGUAAUUCCGUUGAAGAACUCAAGAAAAGAUAUGAUGGUUGAUUUCCAUUUUUACUGGAAUUAUUGUCUGACUUCCACUGUACAUUUUUUUCUAUUGAAAUAAAGUGUUUUGUUCUCUUUUUAAGAAAAUGAAAUCACAGGAGAAUACAAUCUUUGGAUAUAAGUUAAUUAACUGUAAAGUGAAUCGAGAUUUAACUGGUGAGAAAUAUAUUCAAGUAAACUAUUUAUAAGUCUUUUUCUGACAAUAAAAAUAUAAAUGAGGUAUACUUGUAAAGAUCAGUAUUUUAUAAGUCAUUUACAAUGUUGGACGUAGAUACAUAUUUCAGUAUCUGUAGAUACAUUUUGUAUUUUCAUGAGUUUUGCAAGCGCAAUGACAAGGUUGCUUCGUUAGCACGUGAGUAAAGUUGUGUUUGUGUGGAGGGAGUUGCACAGGUAGCUAGAUUGGUUCUUUCUAAGCUUUUUAAUAUCAUUGUGCCAGCUCACUAACAAAAUUACUUAGUUGCAGGAUAUGUAUUUUUAGUUUUUAUGUUGAAAGGAGACUUUCAACUAGACUUUCUAUAUUGGUUAAUUGAAGAGUCACAACCUCCUUAGAUUUAAUGCUUCAGUUUUUUUCCUGAAGAUAUCCAUGUCAUAUGUUAACUAAGGCAUAUAAUCUAAAGCAAAGCAAGGUGUAAAAAUACUGAAGACUAGGAAUGUUUCCGCAGUCAUCAGCAUAUAGGGUGCGUGUGUGUGAGUGUGGCGUUGGGAAGCCUUUGAGAGCAGGGCUGGUGCUCUGCUCAUCCCUGUGCAGUGCCUGGCGCAGUCCUUGGCCCCCGGUUAGGUGCUCAGUUGAUAUUUAUGCGAUCGAAUGUAUUUUGACAGCAGGAAUUGAUUUUAGUGACUGUUAAAGGAGCAGCCUAGCAAAUUUUGGGCAUCCCAUCAAUGUUGUUAAAAUCAACUUAAUUUUAGAGGCUGUCAAGUU